CCACCGGUUUUGAUCUCGUUCGUUCGGUUCGUUCGUGCUCACAGUCGUUUGCCUGGUGCCGUUUUGGAAGUGCUAAACUCGCGUGAGUCGUCUCUUCCGGAUUAUCAAGAGUGUGCUUUUAUUUGCCAGCGCUUCUGCUAAACGAUCUUCGAGUUUGCCACUUACGCUUGCUUGUAACUUUACACCGUUCGAAAGAUGGCCCCAAAUGCAGCAGCCGUAGCCCCGAAACCGGAACAGGAGCAAGCCACCGGAAUUAACGCGAUCCUGUUGGGACCACCCGGCUCGGGCAAGGGAACUCAGGCUCCGCUGCUGAAGGAAAAGUUCUGCGUGUGUCACCUGUCCACCGGAGACAUGUUGCGCGCGGAAAUUGCCGCUGGCUCAAAACUGGGCGCCCAGCUCAAAAAGGUCAUGGACGAGGGCAAGCUUGUGUCCGACGAUCUGGUGGUGGACAUGAUCGAUUCCAACCUUGACAAACCAGAGUGCAAGAACGGAUUCCUGUUGGACGGUUUCCCUCGCACGGUGGUGCAAGCCGAAAAAUUGGACGAUUUGCUGGAGAAGCGCAAAACCGGAUUGGACGCCGUUGUGGAGUUCGGAAUCGACGACAGUCUGCUGGUGCGUCGUAUCACCGGUCGUUUGAUCCACCAGGCCAGUGGACGAUCAUACCACGAAGAAUUUGCCCCACCGAAGGUCGCGAUGACCGAUGACGUGACCGGAGAGCCAUUGAUGCGCCGAAGUGACGAUAAUGCUGCAGCGCUGGUCAAACGUCUCGAAGCCUACCACAAACAGACCAAACCCCUGGCCGAUUACUAUGCCCUGCGCGGACUGCACUUCCGGGUCGACGCCGCUCAAAGUGCGUCCCGAGUGUUUGAGAACAUUGAUAGCAUCUUCACCAGCCAGCGGAAAGCGCGGAUGGGACUGUAAGAAUCGAUGACGACGCAUUUAUUGGUGUAAAGGUCAGUUUUUGUUGCGCGUUUGAGUUUGUGAUUAUCUUGUUUUAUCAUGCCACCUGAGAUAUGUGUAACCGACGGAAUAUCCACAACAACCAUCGAACUACCUUAACUAUUAGUACUACUACUACUACGACAGCAGAGAUCGUAACUAGAAGCGGACCGAGACGGAAACGUUAUUAUUCUGCCUAAAGUGACUACUUCAAAUGUACCGUCUUGUUCCUUCCGCUGAAGCCGCCUAGGAUUUAUAAUUGUAGAACGUUUGUAAACCAUUCCUACAAACAUACACACAAAGUAAUCAAUUACCGAUGACGCUAUCAAAAGUAGAUAAACGAAAGUAAACUCUAUUUAGGAAAACCGACUUGCUUUAGUAUUUUAAAGGAUAAUAAUUUGAACAAAUGUUGAGAAAAAAUAUAAAACAUGGCAUACAGAAAUUGUCCAUAAUCGAGCGAAAGAACAUAACAGAAAAGACCCCCUAGCUGGUACAAGUGAGCCAAGCGAUCUCAAUCAACGAGGCUGGAGUAGGUGACAAGCAAAUUGGCUCUGCAAUAAAUCGUAUUUUAAAUUUUUAAACAUUGAUAUGGUGCAUCAUAGGCGAGGAAAAAGUAGACGAGUAAAGGGAUAACUGUGGUAAAAACA